AUGGAUGAUGACAUGCCGUUUGACAUCAAGCAGACGUACCUGAAAUUUUUGGAGGAGGAUCCGCAGCUGACCAUGCCGGUGGCUGCGAUCCAGAGUCUUGUGGCGCUGCUUGCUGAUGCGCAGCCGAAGACGAGUGCAGAGCUGAUUGAAGUACUGCAGGAGGCGUCGCAGACGCUGAAAGAUAGCGUGCCGAACUCGAUCUCGUUAUCGGCAGGAAGCGACCUGUUUUUACGGUUUGUUGUUCGAAAUAUCCACGAUUACUCUGACUGGGAGGCAUGUAAACGCAAUUUGGUGGAAAACGGCCGCACGUUCGCCGAGCGAGCCAAAGAGUCCCGCUCGCUGAUCGCACGCUUGGGCCUGCCGUUUGUUAGAGACAACGACAUCAUUCUAGUGCAUGGCCGGUCCCGUGCCGUACACCAGCUGCUCGAGCUGGCUGCCUCAAAGCACGUACGUUUCCAAGUCUAUGUUACAGAGGCGCGGGUCUGUGCAGAGGGUCAGAUUGCCGCCGCUGCCUUCCGCAAGCUGGGCAUUCCUACCUGCAUGAUCCCCGACAGCAGUGUUGGCUAUGUGAUCCCCAAAGUACACAAGGUCUUUUUGGGUGCAGAAGGUGUUGCAGAGUCUGGCGGCGUCAUUAACCAGAUCGGGUCCUCCCAGGUAGUCAUGCUGGCUCAUCAAUUCAAAAAGCCCGUCUUCGUGCUGGCAGAAAGUCACAAGUUUGUCCGAUUAUUCCCGCUGAGCUCAGACGACCUCACGACCGAAACGCCCUACACUUUUACCACUACAGAGACCGAGGAAUUCGACCCGGCAAACGGCCCCCAGAUCGACUUCACUCCGCACAAGUACAUCACGGCACUAAUCACCGAUCUGGGCGUUCUUACCCCAUCAGGUGUCUCAGAAGAGCUCAUCAAGAUUUGGUUUGGCUAA